UUGGUUACGUUAUUCUCAACUGAGAGAACGUUCCAAAAUAAUUUUAAAUAAUUGUAAAAAACACCUUUCCGAAUUCCGGCCGGCCGGUAGUUCAACAUCAAUUAGUGAUUAGUGGAUAAAGUGAUUUAAAUAUUUUUAAAUCAUGUUUCGUAAUAUAAACAAAGUUCUAAAGCUUCAACAAGCUCAAUUUGCGACCGCUACUGCGCCAGCGCCGCAUACCAGCCCCGAUAUUUUAUAUACAGGACUAUUCAUAAACAAUGAGUGGGUGAAAUCAGCAGAUGGCAAGACGUUCCAAACAAUUAACCCAGCCAAUGAGCAAGUAAUUGCUGAAGUUCAGCAGGCUGGGAAAGCUGAUGUUGAUAAUGCUGUUCAAGCGGCCAAGGAUGCAUUUAAAUUGAACUCCCCUUGGAGGACCAUGGAUGCGUCCCACCGAGGCUACCUCAUCAACAAGUUGGCGGACCUGGUUGAGAGAGAUAGAACUUAUAUAGCGAGUCUAGAAACCCUUGACAACGGUAAGCCCUAUCUAGCGGCUUACUAUGGCGAUAUAAAUUCGGUGAUCAAAAACCUGCGAUACUACGCUGGUUGGGCUGACAAGAACCACGGUAAAGUACUGCCCACAGACGGAAAGUACUUUGCCUACACCCGCCAUGAGCCUGUUGGGGUCUGUGGUCAAAUCAUACCAUGGAACUUCCCGCUCCUGAUGGCGUCAUGGAAGCUUGGCCCAGCCUUGGCCACUGGCAACACUCUGAUCUUGAAGCCAGCUGAACAGACUCCACUCACCGCAUUGUAUUUGGCGCAGCUGGUGAAGGAAGCAGGAUUCCCACCGGGCGCGGUAAAUGUGCUACCGGGCAUGGGCGACGCGGGCGCAGCCCUAGUCGAUCAUCCCGAUGUUGACAAGAUAGCUUUUACAGGUUCAACAGAAGUGGGCAAGCUGAUCCAGCGUGGUGCAGCCAAUAACGUGAAGCGAAUCACAUUAGAGUUAGGUGGCAAGUCACCUAACAUAGUGUUGGCUGAUUGUGACCUACCGUACGCUGUGGAACAAGCGCACAUGGCGCUGUUCUAUAACAUGGGCCAGUGUUGCUGUGCUGGAUCCAGAACAUUCGUAGAGGACAAGAUCUACGACAAGUUCGUGGAGAUGUCAGCUGAGAGGGCGAAGCGCCGUGUUGUGGGCAACCCCUUCGACCCUAAAACUGAACAAGGGCCGCAGGUCGACGCAGAACAACACGCAAAAAUCCUAAGUCUCAUAGAGAGCGGUAAGAAACAGGGCGCUUCCCUUCAAGUGGGGGGCGGGGCGGUCAGCGGGGGGGGAUACUAUGUGCAGCCCACUGUGUUCAGUGACGUCACCGAUGAUAUGGAUAUCGCUAAAGUUGAGAUCUUUGGUCCAGUACAACAGAUCAUGAAGUUCUCGAGCUUGGAUGAGGUACUCGAUCGCGCAAACAACACCGAAUACGGUUUAGCCGCCGCUGUGUUCACUAAAGAUUUGGACAAGGCCAACUAUCUUAUUCAGGGUCUCCGCGCAGGCACAGUGUGGGUGAACGAUUACAACGUGUUCGGUAACCAGGUGCCCUUCGGUGGUUACAAGCAGAGCGGGCUCGGACGGGAAAAUGGCCCUUAUGGCUUACAGAACUAUACCGAAGUUAAGUCGGUUAUUGUACGCAUGACUCAUAAGAACUCGUAAUUUGUGAAAUUAAUUGAAAUAAAAAAUUUUUGGCGAGAAAAUUAUACUAUAUAUUACUAUGUCAUAUGUUUGAUUAUGAGUAUAAAGUAUGUAUUUAUAGUUUAAUGAAAGAAAACACAAAAUACAUUUGACAAUAACAGUAAAAAAUAUAGAACUUAUAUACUUUCUAAUAUAUAUAUUAAUACUUAACAUACGCACACUAGUCAAAAAUAUCUUAAGAUUAAGUGAAAAAUAACAUCAUAACUUUCUCAAAAGGUUGUUAAAGCAUUUACUUGUAAAUAAACUUUAAACUGUAUUUCUAAUAUAUUAUUUUUUAUAA